GACCAAGCCGCACUCGAGUCUACGAUGCCCUGCAAUGGAGCAUACCACCACAUGCCCGUCUACCAGUGGGUAAUGUGCCAUGGCAGUCAGAUACCGGUUAACGCUGUGCCCGGCGGCAAAGACGGAGGAGAGACCAUCUACGUCGGCCGUGCGGUCCACGACGGUGACGUCCUUCCGGGCAAAGUGGUGCCUUCGCACAGCUGCUGCUACGUCUCCUACGCUGGCGCCGAGCACAGUCACAAGGACUAUCAAGUGCUAACCUCCGAUCAUCCUGUGAUGGCUUGGGUGCGAGAUUCCCACGGCUCGGUGCCAAAUGGGGCCAUUCAGGGCGGCACGACCAGUUCAGGAGAGCCGCUGUACAUCGGCCGAGCCUUACACAACGGAAUGCUGACCAUUGGAAAAGUGCACCCAUCGCACAAGUGUCUGUACAUACCGUACGGCUGCAAAGAACACCAAUACACCGACUACGAAGUAUUGGUUUGCAAGAUACUCAACCUCUGAGAAGAACACCAUGGGAUUGAAAAAGCCGGCAGAUAGUUGCAUUGCGUCAGAAGACCAUGAACGAAUAAGGACUGUUGUAUUUACUUUUUACACACGCACAAACAUUGAGAGAACUAAAUAUUUAGGACUAAAUAUCGCUUGUCUUGUAAGUGUGCCUCAUUAGGAAAGUUUUAUAUAUCGUUUCAGAAUACUGACAACUCCAGCGCUAGUAGUUGUAGACUGGUUAGCUUAUAUAUAUGAAAUCACACUUACAUCCAAAUCGCAAGCACUCAGCAUGUUGCAUGAAAAAAAUAGCAAAAAUAAUUUAUCGGAAACACAAAAGUCAUAGAAAUCAGCAUCAGCAAUUCAGCUAAAAAUCCAUGCUUAUUGUAUCUAACUGCUGUGUAUACGUUGCACAUUUCAUAUUCAGGUAGCUUGUUGAAUCAUUAGCAUAAUAUGUAAAAUUUUCGCUUUCGCUUUCAGCAAGAAUGUCAAUAAAUCAAUCUUCAGGUACUCAA